GUUCCAAUUCCUCUUCACAAACAAAAUCAUUCAAAAAUGGCCGCAACAAAAUUCUUGUUUCUUGCAGCACUUUUCCUCUCUCUCUCCUACCUCUCCGGCGCGGCGGGAGCUGCCGCAUCCUCCAACAGUUUCAUAAAGAGCUCUUGCAAAUCAACUACUUUUCCCGAUGUGUGUGUCGCUUCCCUUUCCGGCUACGCAGAAGCCAUUAAAAACAACAAAUUGCAGCUGGUGAAAACGGCUUUGUCUGUGAGCCUAGAUAAAGCCGAAUCGACAAAGGGAUUCGUGAGCAAGCUGUUGAAAUUCAAGGGAUUGAAGCCGAGAGAGUAUGCAGCUAUCAAGGAUUGCGUAGAGGAGACGAAUGAUAGUGUAGAUCGGCUUAGUAGAUCUGUGAGUGAGCUGAAAGGUAUGGAUCAUAUCCAUGGGAAAGCCGACUUCCAGUGGCAUAUGAGUAACGUGGAGACAUGGGUAAGUGCUGCUAUCACCGACGAGAACACUUGCACUGAUGGAUUUGCUGGCCAGGCUUUGAAUGGUAAGAUUAAGGCUUCGAUUAGAAGUCACAUAUCUAAUCUAGCCCAGGUUACUAGCAAUGCACUGUCCUUAAUCAACCAAUAUGCUGCAAACCAUUGAUUAAUUAGCUCCGAUAAUUAAUUAUGUUUGGGGUGUUUCAGCUUAAUUAUAUAUGGUUGUUCUUCCUUUUCUUUUCUUUUUUCCGGGGAGGGGUUUGUUUGGUACUCUGUUAAAGUGUGGAUGAAAUUCCACGCGCUACGGGAUGUUUCUGUCUUGUUCCUACAGGAUGUUUCUUGUACACAACUUAUGAAUAUUAGUAAUGACGAAAUGGUAAUGCAUAAUUUAUAAA